AUUCCUCUUCUCUCUUCUUCAUCUCUUCAUCUGUGUUUCACUGAGUGGGAAACACUUUCAUAACUUUAGGACAGAUGCACAGAAACAGGCUUCUGGAAAUAAAAGAUAUAAAGAGUAAAGCAACAAACUUGUCUUCAUAUAUUUUGGUCAAGAUCAUAUCAACGUGUCAAAAGGAGUUUAAUCUUUAAAACAGUUCAGAGCCACAGUUCAGUCCCAGAUUCCUGCUGAGAUGAGACGUUUGCACUGGGGACGACAGACGAUAUAAACUCACUGGUCUGCAGCCAGUGAUGCUGGCAGCUCCUGAGAGCACCGACCAGUCUGUGACUGAAGUCGUAUCAGCCUCAGCUGAGCUUCAUCAGUCUGUUCGCUCACAUGUCAGAACAGUGAACCUGCUGAGAAAUGAGACGUUUCUUGCCUCUAACUAACAGUUUGAUCGAUUAUGUAUUAGUUGAUAUCUCCUCAUCAAAGUCUCUAAAAAAUGAAUAAUCAUGAAUCAGAAGUGUGCUGUACCUUCUCAAUGAUUUCUCUCCUCCUCCUCUUCAUCACCUUUCUAAAUAAAGCUGUUAUUUCCACAUGUCACUGCCACUGUUGACUGUUGAACUGCUGUCAGCUCGUCCUCGUCUGUCUCUCUUUCAAUCGUUCACUCUUGAUUUCGGCCUCACCCAAGUCUGCCCUCUUCACCAAUUGUGAGAUCAUGUCUGAAAAUGGCUUCAUAGAAAAUGGUAGGUGUAACUUAAACUCAACUUACUAGUGAAGUGGGAGGAGUUAUCUCAGACACCUUGUUCAGUCCUGUAAUUAGUGAAUUAGGGCUAUGGAAAUCAAAUUUGAUCGAUUGACCUUUGGUACUUCAAAGAAAAGUUAUUUUCAUUUUUCCAAUGGUGACAAAUGCUCAACAACUGUCUCUUUGGUAAAAGGUUGAGGGUUCAAGCUCGUUUCCCAAGUUUCAUUUCAUGGACUCGUGAGUUAAAGGCAUUGCUGCUGUGAAACUCAUGACCCGUAGCUUAAAUCUACUGACAGUUGAAUUCUGGCUUGGAGUUGAUUGAACUCAUCAGCUGUGGCUUCAUGUGAUCUGCACCUUCCUCUUCACGGGGCCUGAGGCUGAUUGGUAUUGUAGUAUUCAGACAUGUUGAAACAGGAACUUUCCUUAAACCGUGGCUACAAAGUCUGAAGCAUCUGGAAAAUCCUGGUCUGCUGUAACAUUUUCCUUCUUUGGAACAGAAGACAGAUCUGGACCUAAAGGACAGAAACACGGAGACAGGGUUGAAUUAAUGCUCGUGUCCUACAAACAGACUCUUUUUUUAAUCUUUUCCACCAGAGUGAACCGAGUGCUGGUCCGGAGCUGGUUCAACCCGCAAACCUUUUAAGAACCAGUUUGCUUUUCCACGGGCGACAGUCGACUUAGAGCCACGUUAUUACGUCACCGUACACGUGACUGUCUCUACGCCUCGACUCUUCAAAUGAAACCACGACUCCGCUCGCUCUCUUUCUCUCGCACUCACACACAGUUGUGUUGUUGUACUCAUCUGUAAAUUCAGACUGACAGACAACACACAUGUUGUGUUAUUUCACACAGUUUCAGCGGUGAAGUGAGAUUCAAUCACAGGUUUUACUUGGUCUUGUUGGUCAUGAUAACUCCGCCCCCUGCCUCUGAUGUAGGCAGUUCUUAAUUCUACACCAGCAACAAGUUGGUGCCAUUCUGGAGCCAGUUUUUCUGUCUGAGAACCAGAACACAAAGAACUGGUUCCAGAUGAGGCACCGGCUCCUGGAUCUGCCCUGGUGGAAAAGGGGUAAAGAACAAGGACACAGCAGAGUUGUUAAGAGAUGUUGUGAUGCCUGCAGCGUUUGUGUAGCUGCAGGGCAACACAGUCAGACUUUUCAAGUUGUGUGUUCAUGUGGAAGAGAGGGAGCCUUUGACAAGUUGAGACUGGACUCCAGUUGUGUCCAAGUUUAGAGGAAGCAGGAAUGUAAAUGCUGGUUUUUAGCAGCUUUUCCCUUUAAGCCAUAAUGGCAUGAAUAGGCCCAUGUAGACGUGACGAGUAGGGUUGGGUAAGUGUGUGUGUGUGUGUGUGUGUGAUUCAUCAAGUAAGAAACCAAGAAGCCGUGUGUGUCACAAUACCUCUGACUCUGUUUCCUCUCUCUCUCCAUCUUUUCCUGUUGCCUCGGACGGCUGUCGGUCUCUUCCUCCUUCACGGGACUGAAGGUGCGUUGAUUGAUGGAUCAGUAGCUGUUAGCGACAGAAGGACCCGUUUGUUCUUCGGUUCAGUCGUCUGUCGUUGAUCCGGCAUUGACUCGUCUCUGUACACAGGUCCGAUCCCGGCCGAGCGAGGGGGGGAGCUGGCCAUGGGGGGAGGUCGCAGCGAAACCUCGGCACUGAACAGGAGUGGAGGGGGGCGGGACAUUACCCAGAAUUCCCAGGGGCCCAACGCCUGCUGCUUCUGCUGGUGCUGCUGUUGCAGCUGCUCAUGGAAUGAAGAGGAGAGACGGAGGCGGCAGAAGAGGAAGAGAAUCUCACAGGACACCAAGAUGGAGACGAUACCGAACUGUGAACCUUGCACCAAACCGUCAGUGGAAGAGAUCCGGCUCUGGUCUCAGUCCUUUGACAAGCUGAUGAGGAACCCUGCGGGACGGAACGUCUUCAGAGAGUUCCUGCGGACGGAGUACAGCGAGGAGAACAUGCUGUUCUGGUUGGCCUGUGAAGACCUCAAACAGGAAGUCAACAAGAGCUCCAUCGAGGAGAAAGCACGGUCCAUCUAUGAAGACUAUAUUUCCAUCCUGUCACCAAAAGAGGUGAGCCUGGACGCCCGGGUUCGAGAGGUGAUCAACAGGAAGAUGCAGGACCCGACGCCUCACACGUUUGAAGACGCUCAGCUGCAGAUCUACACGCUGAUGCACAGGGACUCGUACCCGCGGUUCCUCGCCUCCAACAUCUACAAGUCGCUGAUUCACGGCAGCUCACGUACCUCGUCUGAAUCCUAGUCCCACGUGGCCUCUGGAGUCGGAUCCUUUCAUCGCUCGGCUCCAACGCUCCUCCACGUCCAGAACUUUACAAAAACCAUCAGACUCCUCAGUUCACGUUCUUCGAAUCCCAGAUCUGUCCAACUGCUGCCAAGACCUUUGUCUCUUUUCAGUUCCUCUCACUCAUAGUCACCAAGAAGAUCGUAUCUCCUCUCCUCCUCUCCUCCUCUCCUCUCUCUCUCCUCCUCUCCUCCUCCUCUCCUCCUCCUCUCCUCUAUAUUUCAUCUAUUGCCUCUUGACAUUUAUCUCUCGUUCUUUUCUUUCACCCCGAGUCUCUUCUCUUCUCCAGUCUUGUGUCAGAUAGAAGUUAUGAACAGUUAAAUUCGGUUAGAAAUCAAUGUUUGGACAAAUCUGAAAAUCAUUACAUUUUCUAUUUUUUAGAUGUUAUAUCAUUAAUUCUUUUUCAAUAUCUAGCAGGGCUGUUUAACGUCAUAAAAUAUAUAAACAUGAGGUUUAAAUGAACAUUUUAAUACUCUCUAAAGGAUAAUAUUAAUAUGAAUAGAGACAAAUAAGAUGGACAAUUGAAUAUAAAUGAAAAUACAGAACAAAUAUACUUUUUUAAUCAGUUUGACAUAAAAUCUUAAUGAGGCUUUUAACCUCGUCAGUUUGAAAAGAGCUUCAGACAAAAAGUAACCAUGUGGAAUAACAACUGAUCCCAGUCCACUUCCUGACUGAUGUUCACGUCUCACCAGGUUUUCCUCAGUUUGAAGGUUUAGACCUGAAACUUUAUAACAAACAAGUUAAACAAUAGAUUUUUUUGAAUCAAUGAACAAUCUCACUGUUGAUCAGGUUAAAUUUGGUUGUUAAUGAUUUGUAAGGAAGAAAUUUACAGAACGAGACAUUAAUAAGUUUCAGUCAGUUUAUAAAUUUGCUGCUUCAGUUUUCUUUUCAUCUGUAAAACAGUUUUUAAUCAUGUGAACACAUUUGACCUCUUAUUCUCAUGAAAUCAGUUUUUCUUGUUUUCUUUUCCUGCUCUUCUCUCCACCCUCCUUCCUCCUGAUGUUCUCCUCCUCGUCGACUCCGAGCAGAGAAGGAAGUGAUCUCUUUCUUUGGGAUCUGCUGUAAUGUGGAGAUGUUGGUUUAACUUUGGGAACGUUUUAUUUAUUCCACUGGGAGUCUGUGCCUCUGCCCCUCAGGACCGUCCAUCACUGUCAGAGCCGCCUGAAGGUGCCGGACUCCUCUUCAGGAGGUCGACUUCACUUCAGGACCGUCCAUCACUGUCAGAGCCGCCUGAAGGUGCCGGACUCCUCUUCAGGAGGUCGACUUCACUUCAGGACCGUCCAUCACUGUCAGAGCCGCCUGAAGGUGCCGGACUCCUCUUCAGGAGGUCGACUUCACUUCAGGACCGUCCAUCACUGUCAGAGCCGCCUGAAGGUGCCGGACUCCUCUUCAGGAGGUCGACUUCACUUCAGGACCGUCCAUCACUGUCAGAGCCGCCUGAAGGUGCCGGACUCCUCAUCGCCUUGUUCUUCAGUCGACUUCACUUCAGGACGUGAUGGAAGCAGCAGAACAAGAUGGAUCCUGUCUUUCCUCCUUCAACUGGAAAACACCAGCAACAAACUACAACCAGCGUGGUUUCUUCUUUUCCUCGUUCCUCCGCCUCCUCUUGCUGGAUCCAUGUCCUGUGGUGAACUAACGAGUGGAGGUCACUUCCCCCCCCACCUGAUUCACAAACAGACAAGAAACAUGUUUUUUAAGAGAAAAUUCUUAACAGAACAUUUUGAUUAUGUUGAGAUCUUUCCCACUUAUCUCCAGGAAGAGGAUUCUGAGGCUGAUCGCUGUCCUCAGUGACACCACGCACACACACACACACACAGACACACACACAGACACACACGCACUCGCACACACACACACAGACACGCACGCACACACACAAACACGCACGCACACACACACACACACACAAAC